AUGGCGGCGGCGGCGGCGGUGGAUGCGGUGGAUGCGGUGGUGCGGAGCAGCAGUCCGGUGAGAGACAGCGCUGUGGAGCGGGUUAAACUGGAGGAAGGAACCGAAGCAGAGAAGCAGAGUCGCGUUUCUGUUCUACUGGAGAAGCUGCACGCCAAACACAACGCCUCACGACCAUGGCAGGAGACCAGCAAGGUUGUCCGGACAGCCAUGGAGAAGCGCGGUGUGAUGAAUUCGUCUGGACACCAGAUCCUCCUCAACUGUUUAGAAACCCUUCAGAAGGCCCUCAAAGUGUCUUCGCUGGCAUCGAUGACCGAUCGUCUGGAAUCCAUAGCCCGUCAGAACAUGUUAGGGUCUCACCUGAGUCCCUCAGAGACGGAGUGUUACAUCACAUCCGACAUGUUCUAUGUGGAGGUGCAGCUGGACACGAUAGGGCAACUGAUCGAUGUCAAAGUGGCUCAUCACGGAGAAAACCCUGCGAGCUGCCCGGAGCUGAUCCAGCAUCUGGGAAAGAAAAACUUUGAGGAGUUCUCCAAACACCUGAAGGGUCUGGUCAACCUGUACAAGCUUCCAGGAGACAACAAACUGAAGACGAAAAUGUACCUGGCCCUCCAGUCUCUAGAGCUGGACCUCACCAAGAUGAUGCACAUGUUCAGGAUAGCGACCAAUGCUAACACGGUGGAGACGAUCCUCCACGGCAGCGUGGGACUGAUGACCCCCAGGAGCGGCGGCCAUCUUCUUUCUGUACAGUGUUACGUUUCACCCUACGACAUUUUUGAGGAGGGGACCGGCACACAGCUCAACUUCACCGAUGCCACGAUCCCUCGUACCCUCGGAGUGGGCGUGUCUGUGACUGUGGAGGGAACGUCGGCCAUCUACAAGCUUCCUAUCACACCUCUCAUCACUGGAUCUCACCCGGUGGAUAGCAAGGGGACUCCAACGUUUUCUCCAGCAUCAAACUCCAACUGUGUCGACCUGCCGGCGUGUUUCUUCCUGAAGAUGAACAGCCCCAUGCCCUUUUCACUGUCUUUCAUCCAAAAAAUCGGCAAAGCUACAGGAAUCCCGGUGUUCGAGUCCCCUCCGUCCGUGUCUUCACUCUACGAUCUCAUUAUUAAGAGCCAGCUCCAUGAAAAAGAAGGCGGUAGCACCUCGGCUUGUGCCCGGUCCAUGCGCUUUUACGCAGCUCUGCCAGGCCAGCAGCACUGUUACUUCCUGAAUGGCAAUGCACCGGUGCAGGAUGGGAAAUCUCUACAGGGAGCUCUGGUGUCCAAAAUCCCCUUCCGACACCCUGCUCACGUACCUGCUCUGCUGGACAUCAUACGCCAUCAAGCGGCCUACAACACGCUGAUCGCCAGCUGCGUCAAAAAGACCUUUAUAAAAGACGAUACUCCAGGACUGCUGCAGUUCGAGGUGUGUCCGCUUACAGACUCCAGCUUCAGCGUGUCCUUCCAGCAUCCUGUUAACGAAUCUUUGGUUUGUGUGGUGAUGGAAGUGAUUGACUCACGGCAGAUAGCCUGUAAGCUCUACAAAGGCUUGUCUGAUGCUUUGAUCUGUACCGAUGAAUUCAUCACCAAAGUGGUUCAAAGAUGCAUGUCCAUCCCUGUGACGAUGCGGGCUAUACGGCGCAAGGCAGAAACGAUUCAGGCCGACACCCCGGCCCUGUCCCUGAUCGCUGAAACGGUGGCGAUAAUGGUGACGAAGAACCUUCCGCCCACAGGCAGCCCAGGCUACAUGGGGAUGGGUGCAGGACCUGACGGAAACAAUCCCCUCGGCCUCCCCGGUGUCGGUGGUGGUACCACACCCACCACGAGCGGGGGAAUAGGCGCAGGUGGACCUUUCCAGGGCACCAUGAACUCGCUGUUUCCCAUAAGCCACCAGGGUACUUCAAUGGUCGAUAACAUGGGACAGAUCGGAAACCAGCAGCAGCAGACGUCUGCACAGCACGGCCACGGCUCGGACGACUUCAGCAAGGUGACUCAGAAUCCCAUCCUGACCAGCCUGCUGAAGAUAACUGGAAGUGUGGGGUCUAGUCCCAAUGCCCAGACUUCUGCCGGGUCGCAGCCGCACCAGACGCCGCCGCCUACCACUUCCCCUGCUAGCAAUACCAAAAACCAUCCCAUGCUCAUGAACUUGCUGAAAGACAACCCUUCACAGGAUUUCGCCACGCUGUAUGGUAACAGCCCGCUAGAGAGGCAGAACUCCUCCGGUUCUCCUCGCACCGACAGCCAGGGGCAGCCCUGUCCCGCAGGAGGCAUCAAGGGUAAAAAGAAGAGGCCGAGGGUUGCCGAUAAAAGCGGGAUAGGACCAGGGGGAGCGAUGGGAAUGAAACCGCAAUCGCAGCAAAUGGGAGGCAUGAGCCAGCAGUACCAUCACAUGCACCAGCCGACUGAGGAUGAUUUCCACCGCGAGCUCUUCUCCAUGGACGUGGACGCCUCUCAGAAUCCCAUUUUCGACGUGAAUCUGCCGGGCGAUGGCCUAGACACGCCUCACAGUAUCACGCCAGCCCCGAGCCAAUGUGGCACCCCGCCAUCGGGUCCCGGGAUGCCCUAUCACCCCCAGUCGCACGUCCAAGCUCAGGCGCAGUCUCAGUCCCAGCCGGCGGGGUCUCUGCCUCGCAUGGUGCGUCUCUCGAGCUCCGAAAGUAUCGGCACGGACAUCAAUGACAUUCUGUCCGACAUUCCAGACCAGACGACCAAAGGGAGCGGUGGGCAGCAUCACAUGGGCGGGGAAGAAGGCGGUUCCUUGGGGACGCCGUUGCGGGAUUCGUCCAGCUCGGGUCAGGGAAGUGCGGUAUUCGAGGCUGACCUGUUUAACGUGAACAGCAAUGAGAAUCCCUUCGCCGAUCCGGCGGAUCUAAUCGCAGAGGCUGCUGCUGCAGCGACGCCCAACAGCGACGCCUCCUCGGGUAACUUCUUUCCAGAUACGGACUUUAACUCCGAUUUGCUUCCUAGUCAGGGAGCUUUCCCACAGAAUUACUUCGACGAGAGUUCGCCCAGCCCAGAGCCCGAUCUUGAUCUCAUCAAGAGCUUCAGUGGGGGAAGUCAGCAGAACACACCGUCGGGCACCCCUCAGAACCCCACCUCGCAUGGCCGAAGCACCCCCGAUGCCUCCGUGAAGGAUCAUUUUGACUUCGCUUUCAGUGGAAGCACGGUUAGUGGAAAGCCUCUGCCGCCAGAUUUAGGAGAUUCUCACUCCUCUCACGGAGGUGGUGGACAAAGUCCCCUCAUGAUGGGCAUGGGAGGGCUUGGCAGUGACUUCAAAAGCGCCGAAGUAAAGGUCAAGCAGCCGAUGAGACCGAAGGAGGAUAACGGUGGUGGUAACACCGGAAUGCUGAUGGGAUCGACCGGUUCUUCUGAAGGGAAACAGGUCAAACGUAGCCGUACACCUUCUAGCGAAGGCAAGUCGAAAGAUAAGCCGGCCAAGCGCAAGAAGCUAGAUCCAGAAGGCAAGUCUCCAUCACACAGCUCCGGGGGACGACCCUACACCCCUCCGAGCGGGAGUUCCGGUGGAUCGAUGAGCGGAGGAGGAUCCAAAUCGCCAGGGAGCUCGGGUCGUUCUCAGACUCCACCCGGAGGUGCCACGCCACCUAUACCGAAAAUCACCAUACAGAUCGGCAGAAACCUGACAGCAGGAAAGUCCUCCUCUCACGGGGGUUACACGUCAAGUAGCUUAACGAGUGGAAGUUCCAGCAGUACCAGUGGCACAAGCAGCAGCAAAAGCCACCAUUCCCAUACUUCCUCAUCUUCUGGAAAGAUCAAGAGCAGCAAGAUGGAAGGCUCCAUGGGUCAGGGCAGCAUUUCCAAGCCAUCCGGUACGGGAAGUGGUGGCAGUAACAUGUCUUCUCAGUCUAAAAGCUCUUCCCUAGGAAUGGGGUCAGGCAAGCCAGGCUCUUCUCCGAUCACCAAGCAUGGCAUGUCGGGCUCAAGUAGCGGCGGCAGCGGUGGAACUGGUAGUGGGAAUAAAAUUAAACCCCAAGGUGGCAAGCCUCCAGGGUCAAUGAUGAUCCCCAACAUUAAGUCUAACAUCUCACCUUCUAACUCACGCUCUGGGAGUUCCGACAAACAUUCCUCACCGAUGAAACUUCAGCAGGGUCAAGUCCCCGGGACUCCACCCUCCUCAAAAGCUAAGUCUCCUAUCGGUUCUGGAAGUGGGAGCUCAGGUGGGUCCAAGUCCUCUUCCAGUGGUUCCCAAAAGCAGUCCGGAAGCAGCUCUUCCUCUGGCUCAUCUUCAUCCUCUAGCUCCUCGGGAAGCUCCAUGUCUUCCUCAGGCUCCAUGUCUUUUUCCUCCGGCGGUCAAUCACAGUACGGAGGAGGUAGCGGUGGAGGUGGGAACAACCCAAACGCCAAGGGAAAGUCUCCCAGCCGGAAUAAAAAGCCUUCCCUCACGGCGGUCAUAGACAAGCUGAAAAGUGUGGGCAGUGGUGGAACUGGAGGGGAGGAUGGCGAAGGAGGCGGCGGCCCUGGUAGCACUUCUGGGAGUGGAAGUGGGGUGCCCAGUAGUGGCUCUUCGAAGCGAGACAAGGCUGAAAAAGAAGGCAAAUCCAAGGGUUCAGGGGGAAGCUCCGGCGACAAAAAGAUGGAUUCGAAAGGCGGGGCAAGUAGCACGGGUGUGGCCAAGAUCAUCAUAAGCAAGCCCGAUGGAGGUUCUCCGAGCAUCAAGUCCAAAGUAACCCUGCAGAAGCCGGAGGGAUCAGGAGAAGGUUCGAUGCGAUCUCAGCAUUCAGGCCUGAAAGCGUCGCCUCUUUUCAGCGGCUCCACACCAAAGCAUGACCGCAGUUCCCCGAGCCACAGCCGCUCCCCGGCGUACACCCCGUUAAAUCAGGACAGCGAGAGCGAAUCCGGUAGCAGCUCGGUUGCAGAGAAGUCGCAUCAGAACAGCCCCAGCUCGGACGACGAUCAGGCCAUCAGGCCUCUCCAGCCACCGCAGGACUACAUGAGCUCCAUGUCCGUCAGCCUGGGGGAGAAGCACAAGAAGCAUAAGAAGGAGAAGAAGAAGCAGAAAGACCGGGAGCGGGACAGGGACCGCGACAGAGACCGAGAUCGUGAGAAGGAAAAGAAGAAGUCCAUGUCCUGCGUCCCAUCUUCGCACCUCAUAAAGGCCGACAGUUGGUCCAGGUCCCCGAUGUCUUCCUCAGAACCGUCGAUGGGAAUGCUGAGCUCUGACCGCACGUCUCGACCGAGUCCCGUGUACAUGCGCACAGAGGACGACGACCUGAUGGACUCCGCCCUCACUGGCAACCUGUAAACGUUCAAACGGACGUUGGGGGUCGGUCUGAGGGCGACGCACGGUCGUCACACAGCGUGUAAAUGUUUACUGUCAUUUUUCUUUUCUUUCUUUUUAUGGCUGGCCGAACGGUUUAGGUGUUUUAAAAGGACUCCGCUGGCCGAGAGAUGCUACACAAAUGAACGCAAAUCAAGUGAAGCAGACAACACGACCACAUCAGAUCCAUAAACCAGCCAAAGAAUAGAUUUAAUGCACCAACAUUAAGAGAGAGCUGCAUUAUAGGUAGGCUGUGUUUACGAGGACUUUUAUCGAGUCGAAAAAUUAAGGUAAUAAUGAAAAGAAUUCUUGUUGAGCCCUUACGGAUGUAUAAAACACAUUAAUCCCAAAUCUAAGAGACAAAAUUAAUUUUAUAUAAUUUGUAAUUAAGUUUUUAGUAUUUAGUAUUUUAAGUAUUAGGCAGUGAUAGCUCAGUGGUUAAGGUACUGGACUAGUAAACAGAAGGUUGCCGGUUCAAACCCCACCACCACCAAGUUGCCACUGUUGGGUCCCUGAGCAAGGCCCUUAACCCUCAAUUGCUCAUCGUGUUCAGCUCAUUGUGUAAGUCACUUUGGAUAAAAGCGUCUGCUAAAUGCUGAAAAUGUAAAUGUAAAAACAUUGAUGUUUGAAAAGUAUGCUUUUAAGGAGGCGCCGAGGUGACGCCUUUAAAGGUGGGACCUUUAAACAAGACCCUUAAGCUCUCUCCUCCGGGAGCUCCAGUUUCCUCCCACAGUCCAAAGACGUGCAGGUGAGGUGAAUUGGAGAUACUAAAUUGUCAUGAAUGGAACCAAAGUGUAAAACAUGACGUUAAAAUCCUAAUAAACAAACAAACAAACAAAGGUCUUAGCUAUUGGACCAUUAGGAAUGUUGAGAGUUGACCAAUUGGCCACUGUGGGACCUUUUAACAAGGCCCUUAAGCUCUUGUUUAAAAUGUAUCGUAGAUUAAUUGUAAAUUGUUUUAGAUUUUAAACUUCUGCCAGUUUUCACAUACAGGGUUUAACAGUGUGACUGUUUGACUGGCUUUCACACCUAAUUAGAGACCUAUGCAAAAAAAAAACCCUUGCAGUGGUGCAUAAAUCAGUGCUAGACCACCGUUACAUGUAAGAUAUACAGGGGGCAUUGAGAGGGGUGUAAUGUGGGGUAAUAUUGCCACAUUAUGCCCAUAUUCUCUCAAAUACUCACACACACACACAUAUACGUACAUACACACUGGGUGUGUUCGAAAAGCUAGUGAUCUAUCUACAUCGGCAGCAUUUUACAUCAUCCUGUGCGCGCUGCCGAGAAGGAGGCUGUUCGAAAUCCUAGAUGCCUUAAAAUCCUCACUUCUGAGGCAUCUUAUUAUUUCAAUGUUAUUUUGGCUGAAGAACGAGUGAGCAUCCGACUCUGCCUUAGUGAUCAAGGCAAUCCCAGCAUUCAUGGCUGACGGGGCGGAGAAACGAAUGGAGUUAUUUUCAAACGUAAAUAAAAUAUUACUGAUUUUUAACUUGUAUAAA